GGCCGCUCUACCCCCCCCCAAACCUCCCGGCUCCGCUCUAUGGUGCGCGCCGCGAGCCGGCCGGAAGCGGCGGCACCGGAAGUCGGGGGGUGAGGGGGGAACCAGAGAGAGCGGCGCGAGGGUCUGCUCGCAAGCCUCCGGGGCGAUGCUGUGGGAGGCAGCCCCCUAGCCCCCCGCCAUGCCGUUCUCCGACUUCGUCGUGGCCCUGAAGGACAACCCCUACUUCGGGGCCGGCUUCGGGCUGGUGGGGGUGGGCACGGCCCUGGCCCUGGCGAGGAAAGGGGCUCAGUUCGGCCUGGUGGCCUUCAGGCGUCAUUAUAUGAUCACGCUGGAGGUGCCCAGCAAGGAUAAGAGCUACCACUGGCUGCUGAACUGGAUCUCACACCACGCCAAGCACACGCAGCACCUGAGCGUGGAGACGUCGUACCUGCAGCAUGAGAGCGGGCGCGUCAGCACCAAGUUUGACUUUGUCCCCAGCCCCGGGAACCAUUUCAUCUGGUAUCAGAGGAAGUGGAUUCGCAUCGAGCGCAGCCGGGAGAAGCAGAUGAUCGACCUGCACACGGGAACCCCCUGGGAGUCCGUCACCUUCACGGCGCUGGGCACCGACCGGGAGAUCUUCUUCAACAUCCUGCAGGAAGCCCGGGAGCUGGCUCUGCAGCAGCAGGAGGGGAGGACGAUCAUGUACACGGCCAUGGGGGCGGAGUGGCGGCAGUUCGGCUUCCCCCGCCGCCGCCGGCCCCUCAGCUCCGUGGUGCUGGAGGAAGGCGUGUCAGAGAGGCUGGUGCAGGACGUGAAGGAGUUCAUCGACAACCCCAAGUGGUACAGCGAGAGAGGGAUCCCGUACCGAAGGGGCUACCUGCUGUACGGCCCUCCCGGCUGCGGGAAGAGCAGCUUCAUCACAGCCCUGGCCGGGGAGCUGCAGUACAGCAUCUGCCUGCUCAGCCUCAGCGACCGCAGCCUCUCCGAUGACCGCCUCAACCAUCUCCUGAGCGUGGCGCCGCAGCAGAGCAUCAUCCUCCUGGAGGACGUGGACGCUGCCUUCGUCAGCCGGGACCUCGCUGCUGAGAACCCCGCCGUGUACCAAGGCAUGGGGCGCCUGACCUUCAGCGGCCUCCUCAACGCCCUGGAUGGCGUGGCCUCCACGGAGGCCAGGAUCGUCUUCAUGACCACCAACUACGUGGACAGGUUGGACCCAGCCCUGGUGCGGCCGGGCCGCGUGGACCUGAAGCAGUACGUGGGGCACUGCUCCCCCCGGCAGCUCGCCCGCAUGUUCCUGCGCUUCUACCCCCAGCAGCCCCCCGCCGCGGCCGAGCGCUUCGCCCAGCGGGCGCUGGGGGUGUGCGAGCAGCUGAGCGCCGCGCAGGUGCAGGGGCACUUCAUGCUCUACAAGGAGGACCCCGAGGGAGCCGUCGAGAACGUGGGCUCCAUGCUGCUGUGAGCCCUGCCACAAGGACCAGAUCCUCAUGGGGACACCUCUGCCUCGGUGUUUUAUUAACCCGGAGCUGCCCCAGGGCACGUUUGGGUGCUACCCCGCUCGCCUCCCUCGUGCUGGGACUGUGCGGGGCUGCUGGAGGUGGAGCCGGGACACAUCCACCCCACAAAGGGGGUGAGAGCCCUAAGGGGAACAUCCCCAGGGCAGGACGUGGAGGUGAUGUGCUGCUGGACAGAGCUGCUGCUCUCUGACAGGACAGCAGCUCCUGGAGCUGUGAAUAUUCUCAGUGAAACGUAAAACACA